GGGAAAUACCGUGGGGACAUCUCAUGGGAAAAUUUUGAGCAAGAAUUUUAUGCUCAAUACUACUCCGAUUUCGAGGUUAAUGUGAAGAGGAGGGAGUACACCAACCUCAAGCAGAAAGAGGGUUGCACGGUUAAGCAACUGGAGCAAGAGUUUACGACCUUGGCUAGGUUCUUACCGGAGUAUGCGAUCGAUGAGGACCGCAUGACUGAGCACUUUUGGGAUACCUUACUCUUGGACAUCCGAGAUCGUGCCACGUAUUCCCGCCUCAUGACCUUUAGUGAGGUGGUAGAGCAGGGCAUGCUUGGAGAGGCCCAGUGGAAUGAGAGGAAAGCAAGGGACGCCGAAGAGGCGAAGAAGAGGAAGUGGAAUAAUUCGGGGCCACCCGAUCAUUCUCGAAGGAACAACCACGGGGCUGGUAGUGGUGGUGGCGGUGGUUCAUUCAAGACGCCGGCUCCACCGGCAAAGAAGAAUAGGGAUGCGAGGUGGCACGGACCUAGGCCACAGAACUCGGGGCCACCUAGAUGUCCCAAUUGCUCAAAACAACACUUUGGGAAGUGCAAUGAACCACCGAGGUGUUUUAAGUGCGGGAAUGCGGGCCAUAUGAAGGCCAAUUGCCCUCAAUUAAUGCAAGAGAGUGCCUCGGGAGCCGGGGGAGGGACCAUGACGGGAAGGAACCGUGCGGGACCGUCAAACGGCGGCACGGGAAGAGGCGGCGCAUCCACAAGCCAUGCCGCAUCCGUCAACCAAGGUGGGACCCAAGCCCGAGUGUACGCGAUGACCGAGGCGGAUGCGAGAGCAAACCCGGACUCCGUUGCAGGUUGAAGCUAGGGCUUGCUACCUGCACCUUUCUACGGGUGGCAUCAAAUCAAGGAAGACGUGGUUCGUGCUUCCUCAUUUUAUUUCAAAUUUCCAAACAUUGCUCAUGGAUAUUUUUAUUUGUUAUAAACUAUUUUUGGGGCUUGCAUGCCCAUGUUAUUGGCCGGUUGUGGCUUAUGACUUACCGUUGAAUAUUUCCGCUAUUCAUUAGUUUAAAUGUGAUGUUGUUAUGUAUGUUUACUACUGAGUAUGGA